AUGUUCGUCGUCCCGGAGCCGGCCGCCGCGCCGCCGCCGCCGCCGGAGCCGGCGGCGCCGCCGCCGCCGAGGCCGCCGCCGGCGCCCGUGCCGCGGCGGCUCCAGCCGCGCGUCGCGAUGACGACGUUCUCGAAGCGAGCGACCGCGGUCAUGCGGCCCAAGUGGUCCGUCGCGGGCGCGCGGCCGGCCGCCGCGAAACGGCCGGCGAUCGCGGCGCGGUGGUCCGUGUCGGCGCCGCCGCCCGCCGCGGCGGCGGCGCGUCCCGCGGCGGCGCCGAAGAAGCGGCCCGCGCCGGCGCCGCGCGCCGCGCCGAGCAAGCGGCCCGCGCUGCCCGCGUGCCUCGCGCCGCCGCCGAAGCCGAAGCCGCCGCCCGACGUGACCAUGGGCACGCUCUUCGGCGACGAGUCGGACGACGACGACGGGUAA